UCUUGGCGAUUCACCCUAACCAACCACCUCUUCUAUCUCUCUCUGAGAGAUGUUAUGAUUCUUCUCUGAAUAGAAUAGAAUAACACGCGAACGAGCGAGAGAGAGAGAGAGAGAAUCUGAAUUCGGGUCGGGUAAAGCGGUUACCCGAAGUCACAUUCACAUAACAUAGUGCUUCAAUGAUUGUCACAUUCCACCUUCCAUAAUCCAUUUCUUGAAUCAAACUUCACUCCAUCAAUUCAUCAUUAUUCUUCAAAUAUGACAGAAGUGCUUCAAUUUCCUUCACCUUCAAGCUGUUCUUCAAGUCCAUUCAAUGAUGUGUCACACUCACAACACCACCAAACUAAUUCUUCACCUUUUAACAACAGCGACAAUGAAACCGUCAUGACCCAUUACCAGAUUCAACAACAACAACAACAACAACAACAAUCUGAAGACGAAGAAGAAGAGGAAAAAGAUCAACUUUCUAUUUUGACUCUUUUGAUUGCUACGUUUAGGAAAUCUUUGAUUGGUUGUACCAACACUGGUUCUGAACUUUCUUCUUCAAUGGAAAUUGGUUGGCCUUCUAAUGUUAGACAUGUUGCUCAUGUUACUUUUGAUCGUUUUCAUGGUUUUCUUGGUUUGCCUGUUGAAUUUGAACCUGAAGUUCCAACAAGACCUCCUAGUGCUAGCACAAGUGUUUUUGGUGUUUCAACAGAAUCUAUGCAGCUUUCUUUUGAUGCCAGAGGAAAUAGUGUACCUACAAUACUGCUGUUAAUGCAAAGGCAUCUGUAUGCACAAGGAGGCCUGCAGGCCGAAGGAAUCUUCAGAAUUAAUGCUGAAAAUAGUCAAGAGGAGUUUGUGAGGGAACAAUUGAACAGAGGAGUGGUACCAAAUGGUAUUGACGUGCAUUGCUUGGCAGGUCUUAUAAAGGCUUGGUUCAGAGAACUUCCAACUGGUAUACUGGACCCUCUUUCGCCAGAGCAGGUGAUGCAGUCCCAAACAGAAGAAGAAUGUGCUCAGCUUGUGAGGCUUCUUCCUGCAACAGAAUCCGCCCUCCUAGAUUGGGCAGUAAACCUAAUGGCAGACGUUGCUCAGAUGGAACAUUUGAACAAGAUGAACGCACGUAAUAUUGCAAUGGUUUUUGCACCAAACAUGACUCACAUGGUAGAUCCUUUGACUGCUCUGAUGUAUGCUGUACAAGUCAUGAAUUUCCUCAAGACUCUAGUAGCAAUGACACUGAAAGAAAGAGAGGAGUCAAUCACAAAAUCAAAUCCCUCUUCAAACCUAAAUUCUUUUGAUGACGACGGGCAUCAGAGCGAUUCACCGUUGCUUUUCAAGGAUGAAAGUGAAUACGGAAAUGAUUACAGCGACGAGGACACAGUUUUUGUCACCGCCGAGCCUUCACAACAAAGCCCCACACAUCUUUUUAAAGAUGACUGUGAAACUGAGAGUGGAUCCAAAAGUCUGCAAACAUCUACCGAAAAUUUUAUUCCUAGUGGAAAUAGGUUGCUGGUUGACAGUUGUCCUUGCGGCGUUGUCUCUCAAAUUUGCUCUAUGGCAAUUGGGGAUCAAACAAAAAAUUGCAAAAGCCUUCAGUUGAAUACUUCUGAUACAGACAAGUGUUCAGCAGGAUCGGUGGAGAAGAACAGGGGAAUUGCUCUUAUUGGACGAAUAAAUUCAAGAUCCGAGUUGGCUGAAGCUUGGCGUUGAACAUGUAAAGGUGUAUGUUUUUUCUAUCUUGCUGUCUGGGGGAAUGGGAUGGAUGACAAGAAAAAUGGUACUCAAAUAAUCUUUGCGCAUAUGCGAGUUGCAUGAUUGCUGAUGUCGUCGUAGUGGAGUCGUUGCAUAACGUCCUUCCGAGAAGGGAAUGGAAUGGAUGGGAUGACAAGUUGUGUAAAGAGAUCUGUGUGCGUUGCCACAUUUUGGAAAUGUCUAGUACUGAUUUGUUGUGUGUUGUUGUGUUAUGUUUUCGGGAGAGAUUCUUAACCACGUCCUUCAUUCUGUUUCAUUAACCAUGCAGACUUCUAACAUUUGUUUUUUGGGUUCCUGUAUUAUAGAAUUUGAUGAAUUUGGAGAAUUGCUACUUUCUGUUACCUUUGUUUCAAUGUAUUAUUGUAAGUAGUGGAAAACUGCUUAGAUUAAUUUUGAAGUCAUGUUUAUCCUUGUA